ACUUAUUGUGUAUAUUGAUAAUUUGUAAUAAGCUAAUAUAAUGUAUACAUUGCAUGUUACAAUGUUGGAGUAUACGUAGAUUUUGCUAUACAGGAUUUCUUUUCUACAAGAAUCUUCAGAGUGCACACCUUCAGAAAGCGGAAUUCAAUAUUUAGAAGGUUGAUUUUUAAUAAGUAAUGGCUUUAGGUGGACAGUUUUUAUUGUUAAUGUGGAAGAACUGGACGUUACAAAAACGUAAAAUAUGUGUUACAGUUUUUGAGAUAUUGUUACCUUUAUUUUUUGGAACAAUCUUGGUACUUAUACGCCUUCUUGUUGAUCCAACCGACUAUCCACAAGAUACAAUAUGGUCGAAUUCAAACUUCACUUCAAGUGGCUUAAGUAAAAUUGUUUACACCAGAGGAGAAAUUUUGUUUGCUCCAAAUGAUACUGCAAUCAGAAAAACAAUGACAAUGGUCGGACACUCACUCACAGCACAGAACACCAAUCUAACAAAAUUUGUUAAAGGUUUUGACAAUGAAAAAGCAUUACUCGACUAUCAUAACCUGUACCCGAAAAGGGUUUGGGGAGCUGUAGUGUUUGAUAGCAAGCAACCGUAUACUACUAGCCUUCCUAAAAAUGUGGUUUACGAUCUUCGAGUUUCUCCAGUACAACCAAGUGAUAAAUGGCGGACAAGAUUAACAUACCCCUUUGCACAGACAACUAGUCCUAGAAAUAAGGAUGCCGAUGGCGGACCACCUGGGUAUGUCGAAACAGGAUUUCUACUCCUACAAUUUGAAGUUGACAAAGCUAUCAUCAAACUGAAAUCCAACCAAUCAAAUUUGUUUGAUGACGUCAUCAUGCAUGUAAAGAAGAUGCCAUACCCUCCUUAUGUGGAAGAUCCACUGUUGACCGCCAUCCAAAGUAACUUACCUCUGUUUUUGAUGCUUGGUUUCAUUUUAUAUGUUAUACAACUAACCAAGAACAUCGUAUUUGAAAAAGAACGAAAGCUUAAGGAAUCCAUGAAGAUGAUGGGGUUAAGCCCAAUUGUAUACUGGUUAUCGUGGUUUGUUACAGCGUUGAUCUACUUAGUGAUAGCCUGUCUGAUAUUUACUGUAUUGCUGUCAGUAAGGGCCGGAUCACAUGGAAGCGUCCUCCCCAAUUCUGAUCCAACACUGAUGUUUUUCUUCUUCCUCUGCUUUGCAAUGUCUGUUAUUGGCUUGUCUUUCAUGAUCAGCACAUUCUUUAGUAAAGCAAACACGGGACUCUUUGCUGGAGGGAUGAUAUACUUUUUGACCUACUUCCCUUACUUUUUCCUAAAUAAUGAUGAUCAAUAUGGAGCUAUGACACUUGCACAGAAAGUUAUGGCGUGUCUCCUUGGUAAUGUUGCCAUGGCAUUUGGAGUCAAAACUGUUGCAGCGUAUGAAGGCACAGGUGAAGGUGCCCAGUGGUCAAACUUUUACAAACCACCUACAGUUGAUAGUGAUUUUACAUUACUGACAGCCAUAAUCAUGCUACUAUGUGAUACUCUUCUAUAUCUGCUGAUCACAUGGUAUGUUGAUGCUGUUAUGCCUGGCGAAUAUGGAGUUGCAGAACCUUUUUAUUUUCCAUUCACUAAAAACUAUUGGUGUGGAUCAAAGAAAAAGGCGAUGUAUGAAAGAGAGCAUUCAGUAAUUGGUCUAGAUCCAGCAUACUUUGAGGCUGAACCUUCAGACAAGAAAGCUGGAAUAGCAAUACAGCAUUUAAGAAAGGUUUAUGGAAAUGGUAAAAAGAAGAAAAUUGCUGUAAGAGAUACGACACUAAACAUGUAUGAAGGAAAUAUAACUGCACUUUUAGGUCAUAAUGGAGCUGGUAAAACAACGACUAUGUCUAUGUUAACUGGAUUUAUUGAACCUACCAGUGGCACCGCUCAAGUAAACGGAUAUGAUAUAAGAAAAGACAUAACAAGUGUUAGAAAAAGCAUUGGUCUCUGUCCACAGCACAAUAUCCUGUUUGAAACAAUGACAAUUGAAGAGCACUUAAGAUUCUUUGCGAAGUUAAAAGGCUGUCCAUCUAAAGAUAUCAACAAGGAAGUAAAUGAAAUGAUAUCUGUUCUUGGAAUAGAAUCCAAGAGAAAUAAGUUUUCCAGUACCUUGUCUGGAGGACAGAAACGGAAGUUGUCUGUUGGAAUUGCCCUUAUUGCAGGAUCGAAGACAGUUAUAUUGGAUGAACCGACUUCAGGGAUGGACCCAGCAGCCAGAAGGCAAACUUGGGAUAUACUGCAGAAGUUUAGAGAAGGCAGAACAAUUGUCUUGUCAACACAUUUCAUGGACGAAGCUGAUCUUUUGGGUGACAGAAUUGCCAUUAUGGCAGAAGGGGUUGUGAAAUGUUGUGGAACAUCUUAUUUUUUGAAAAAGACAUACGGUGCUGGAUAUCAUCUUGUUAUGGUCAAGGACAAAUCAUGUAAUGUUGCCAAUGUAACAAACGUAGUAAAGUCUCAUGUGUCUACAGCAUCAUUAGAGAGUGAAAUCAGUGCUGAACUGUCAUACCUGUUACCUUUUGAUAAAUCAGAAUUCUUUGAAAAAUUACUGUUGGAAAUUGAGGCCAAGAGUUCAGAACUUGGUAUUGCAAGCUUUGGGACAACAGCAACUACAAUGGAAGAAGUUUUCUUGAAGGUUGGAGAGUCGGCAGAGGAGGAGGAAGACAGUCCAGAUAAAAAUAAGUUGGAUAAUUUUGAAAAUCCUGCAUACACAGUUGAUAACAAAUCAGAGAAAAAUGGUUUCAGUUCUGGGGCAGAAAAUGUUUAUGUCAAUUCAGUCGGAAUGACACAAACAGCAAAUGGUCAAUUCGUUUCAUUUAACAAAGACGUAAAGAAAAACUAUGGAAUUCACUUAAUGGUACAACAAUUUUAUGGAAUGUUUGUGAAGAAAAUAAUUCAUACGAUACGAAAUCGUGUAGUGACAGGCGUUCAGUUGAUUGUUCCUGUAAUUUUUACAAUCAUGGCAUUGUCAAUUGAACUCUCUGUACCGAAAGUCACUGAUGAACCUGUCUUGACUAUGAACUUGGUCCCUUUUGGAAAUGGGUUAACAGAGCUUUAUUCCUUUGGUGCAAGUCCAACCAAUUUUACAAUAGGUGUAGCUACCAAGUACAAUAAUCUUCUGAGUUCUCGAGGGGACUAUCCAAUUAAUAGUACAAAUAAUGGUCCUUUCGAUAACGCUACUCUUAGUAAAGCAAAAACAGUCGGUAUCGCUACUUUUAAUAAGAAAUAUAUAAUUGGUUUAGAUAUGCAACAAGGUGUGCAGGGUGGGAACCCCGUAACAGAAAUGACUGUUUAUUUUAACGGCCAGCCAUUUCACGGUCCAUCUAUAGCAAUGGCGUAUACCAUGAAUGCAAUUUUGAAGUACGCAAUGUCCAAUAAUGAUCACUCUAUCACAACUAGAAACUUUCCAUUGCCAAUAUCUCUAUCAGAAAAUAGUCGAGGAAUAUUCUUCUCAACCAUUGGAACAGGAUUUACCGUUGCAUUCACCGUGAUAUUUGGAAUGGCGUUCUUGAUCGGAAGCUUCGUUAUCUUCUUAAUCAAAGAACGAGCCAGUGGCGCUAAACACUUACAAAAAGUCAGCGGGGUUGGAGACGGAGAAUUCUGGUUUUCUAAUUUCUUAUGGGAUUUGAUCAACUAUUUGAUUCCAGUAUUUCUAAUAGUUAUAGUAUUCGCUGCUUUCAACACAGAUGCAUUUGUAAAGGAUCACCGUCUUGGACUCUUGUUUUUAAUGUUUCUGCUGUUCGGCUGGAGUUCUUUGCCUUGUGUGUACGUCAUGCAGUUUCUAUUUAAAACAGCACCAGCUGGAAUGGUUGCUGUUAGCAUGCUGAAUAUUUUAUCAGGUUUAGCAACCUUGAUGGCAGUUUUUGUUUUAAAGAUACCAAGUUUAGAUACUGCUGACGUUGCCGAUGCGCUAGACUGGGUUUUUGCUAUAAUUUUUCCUACCUAUUGCAUGGGAUCUGGUAUAAUGAAUGUCUACACAAAUUAUGGCUAUACAGAAGGAUGCAAAGAAACUCCUAAUUUUCCUGGAAUUUGCGCUAAUGUGCCACAAAACCCAUGUUGUCCAGGAUGUCUAGAAUUUUGCUUUCCGUUUCAUGAAAACUAUUUGGCAUGGGAUUUUCCAGGCGUUGGGAAGUAUGUCUGUUUCAUGAUUAUUCAAGGAUGUUUAUUUUUUCUCAUAUUAUUUCUCGUUGAAUCUGGUAUUCUUCGAAGAAAAUGUUCUUCUGCUAUGAAGAAACAGAAAAUUGCAUCGUCUUAUGCAGAUUUGGGUGAAUCUCGACCAGGAGUUGUUGACGAAGAUAGCGACGUUCGAGCAGAACGAGACCGAAUAAACACAACAGAUGUUAAUUCUAUAAAAACAUCAGAUUCUAUAGUUUUAAAGAAUUUAAAAAAGUAUUACGAUAACUUUUUGGCUGUCGAUGAAAUCUGCGUGAGCGUUGCUCAACAAGAGUGUUUUGGGUUGCUUGGUCAAAAUGGAGCAGGAAAGACAACAACGUUUAAGAUGUUGACUGGAGAUGUAAUUCCGACCUCUGGAAAUGCUUGGUUGGAUUCGCACGACAUCAAACAUGAAAUGAAAACGGUACAGAGAAAUUUGGGAUAUUGUCCGCAAUUUGACGCCUUGAUUGAUCAGAUGAGUGGAAGAGAAACACUAACUAUGUUUGCACGAUUACGUGGUGUCUCUGAGAGUCAGGUUAAAAAUGUGGUCGUUGAUUUAUUGGAUAUCAUGAUGCUGAGACAGUAUGCGGAUAAAGAAUGUGGAACAUACAGUGGUGGUAAUAAAAGAAAGUUAAGCACAGCCAUAGCUCUUAUUGGUGAUCCGCAGUUUAUCUUUCUUGACGAACCAACAACAGGAAUGGACCCUGGUGCCAGACGACAGCUAUGGAAUGUUUUGUCACAAGUCAGAGCUAGUGGAAGAACGUUAGUUCUCACAUCACACAGUAUGGAGGAAUGUGAUGCACUCUGUACCAAGAUAGUUAUUAUGGUAAAUGGAAGAUUCGUAUGUUGUGGCAGCUCACAGCAUUUAAAGAACAAGUUUGGACAAGGUUAUACCCUCAUUUGUAACAUGAAAAAUAGUAUAGAUGGGUCACACGUGUCCACAGAACCACUUAAACAGUUUCUUUGCACGGCAUUUCCUAGUACAAAAAUAUUCGAUGACCAUCAAGGUUAUUGCCAUUUUCAAAUAAUGGACAAAAACGUUUCCCUUGGAAAGGUAUUUGGUGCUAUGGAAAGUACUAAACAGAAGUAUAAUGUUGAGGAUUAUGCCAUUCAUCAAGCAACACUUGAACAAGUGUUCUUGGCAUUCACUCGAAACCAGGUGUCGCCAAAAGAAGAAGUACAGGACGGCAUGUGUAAACAAAUGUGUUGUUGUGUUCUAUGUUGUUGUUCUUAAGCAUAAUACAUUUGUAAAUUGUCAUGAUUUAAGCGUUCUGUGUAAUGUUGGAUCUGAUAUGAUAGUUAUUGUAAAAGCCAUUCAGCCUAAAUUCUGAGGAUGGUUCAUUAACUUUACAUGGGAGUGAUGAAAAUUGUAUUCAUAAAUAUAACCCACAAGUGUGUCCUAUUAAGUGGUUUCAUGUAUCAACAAGAUUUGAUUUUACACAUAAGUUCGUUGCGCACAAUUAUUUUGUCAAGCCUAUCUCAAUUUUUUAUUUAUCCCGACUUCUUUUUUCGAUGCAUAACAAUUUUAUAUAUUAACUACCAUUUACUUUUCCAAUAUUAUCUGUUUGAAAUACAGAUCCACUCUUUAGUAGCAAGAAUAAAUAAACACUCCAUUCCAAGUUCCUUCAGAUACUUAUUGCGUAAACUUCUGUUCUCGAAUGUUUUUUGAGUAUUAUAAUGACAAAUCCAGAGGUCAUUUUGUAAAGUCCUUGAAAGUUUAGCUGGCCUUGUGCGUUCGUCUUUCUAUAUCUUUUGCUGUUCCAUUUCAAACAUCAAAAGUUGGAAUGCUUUUAAAUCGUAUUCUGGCACACCAGUGCUGAUUUUUUUAUAUGCAAUAGCUUCAUAUUGUAAAAAUAAACAAUAUAAUAGUGUGUUUUUUUUUAAUGAUGACGGUUUCUUACUACAAACCGUAUAUUGUGGCUCUUAUAGCCACUUUAGGAAAAUAUGAUUGAGAUAUUGGUCGAAUAGUUACAAGAAAUAUUUUUUAGUGUUUUUUUCUUCAAAAUAUUGAUUAGACUUUCGGUUACCACUGGUAUUCAAAAUGGACCACCGACCAUGUUUAAAAUUUAAUCUAUGGUGAAAACACAUUUCAAAAUCAUCUUUAAUAUUCAUUAUAAGCGAUAUUUCAAAACAUUUGAUUGACUUUUUAAAACCAAAAAGUAAAUUGAUACGUGACAUUUUAUUAUUUAAGGGACAGAAAUAAUAAGUAGUUUAGGUCUAUAAAUCUUGUUAAAGAAAACCGGCCCUUUCCUUCCAUUCAUUUUACUCUAAUAAUGACAUUCAAAUAUUUCAAAUCAUUUGGUUGUCCUGAAACAAAAUUCAUGUUUGACUAAAUGCAUAUUGAAUCUUCACCAUUCAGUUUUAUUGUGCAUUUAUAUUUAAUCUCACUCGAGCUAGUUCUAUUUUAUCCAAGUUCUUCGUUUUGACUUUGAUUAUUUAAGAAAAAUUAAAAAAAUAUGCUAAUGCCAUUUCGAAUUAGAAAAAUCACAAACAAAACUAUCAGUUACCAUCCUUCAUAUAAUCACAAGACAGAUAUCAAUAAUUAUAGUGUGUUUAAUUUUUUUUUUAUCUCAAACUUAAAGCAUUUGAGCAAAACUGCAAAAGAUUUCGACAUUUCUUAUUGUUUAUUUAUUCUUAUUCUUAAGAAAGAUCUAUUGCUUCAAGAUUUCUUUUGUAUGGAAAAAGAUGAGGCUAGAAUAAUUGCAUAAAGUUAUUGCUCAUAUUCAGUCCUCAAAGGUAAAAUUCUAGUACCCCAAACACUUCCUCUUUUUUUUAGCUCCAUGUACAAUAAAGCAUUGUCAAAAUGUAUUAUCAGUUUAGCUUUAUUUCAAGUAUAGUCACACUAUGUAUGUAUUCCAAACCGUUCUGGUACCCCUGUAUCAAUUCAAACAACCAUUCAAAUACGAAUAGAAAAUUUACUUAUUCAGAAGUAGAUAAAACGAAAUCUGUUUUCCUUUUGUUUGAGUUUAAACACAAUGUUAGUCGGUCCAUUGCAAAAGUCAAAUGUUGUUUAUAAAACAAACAAAAAAGAAUGAUGUCUUUCUUAAAUCAGACUUUGUCUGAAAUAAGUUCUUUUUACACAGUACAAAGUGUUUUGCAUAGAAAUUAUGGGUCUUUUUUACACAACUCUGCGAUGGUAAUACUUUUGGUGGUUAAUGUACAUUUUGCACAUAAAACAGGAAGCGAUAUGGUAAAACACCUCACAUAAAACAUUCUAUUAAUAUCAUUGUUAUCAAUAAUAAAAAAUGUGAAUGUUUAUACCGUUAAGAGUGAAACUAUCCAGAUUAUAAAAAGGCAGAAGAUAUCAAAGGGCAUCAACUACUUAGGGUAGAAGUUAUAUUAGAAAAAAAAUACAUUUUUUUGUGUGUGGGGUGCAAAAUUUGGACGUUAUUAAUUCGGGUUUGCCUCAACUCUAUUAUUUUUAUGGGUUUUAUUUGUUUGGCCAGUUGAGGCAGAAAUUAAAUAUUUGAAGUGUGCAUCUGGAAAUUUGAUAUGAUUCGUUUUUCCUUGAUCUUUAUUUGGCAUUACACUUUUACUAUCUGUAAAAUUUCAAAAUUGUUUGGGUUUUUACCUUAUUUCUGAAACUAAAGAAACCAACUUACUUACUACAUCCUAGUAAAAAGGUAAGUUAAUUGUGAUACUAGUACAAACAUGUAUUAGUUCUUUCACAUCCACUAUUUAAUCAUAUUUUUAUUACUUGUAUAUAUGGUUAUUGUUAUAUAAAGAAAGCCUUAAUAUAUGUUAUAUGUUAUAUUUAUUGAUUGUUUUCAUGAACAAAAAAGUCCUACUUUGUUAAAUCUGUUAUAUUCUUAAUAAAUGUAUUUCUUUCUUAA